AUGGCUACGCAAACAGCCACCAGACUCCAUAGCCACAAUUCCUACACCGUUGGCUGGAUAUGCGCGCUACCAAAGGAGCAAACUGCUGCGACCGUCAUGCUAGACCACGUACACCCAGAACUCCCCAAUCCACCGAACGACGCCAACAUAUACACCCUGGGAUCCAUCGGCGCCCACGAUGUCGUUAUAGCCUGUCUCCCAAAGGGCAAGUACGGCACCAUCUCGGCCGCCACGGUCGCCACCCGGAUGGUCGACACGUUUCCGUCCAUCAGGUUCGGCCUCAUGGUUGGCAUCGGCGGCGGAGUUCCGCCCAAGGUUCGCCUCGGCGAUGUCGUCGUCAGCUGCCCGGUCGAUCAGUAUCCCGGGGUGAUUCAGUGGGACCUAGGGAAAGCCGAAGAGGCAUUGACCAAGCUGGAGACGAAGCAUGAGUUGCAGGGAUCUCGAAUACCAGAGUAUCUCGACGACCUGAGGGACAACUGGCCCUCCCUCGUGCCCAAGUACAUUGGGUCUGCUUCAUUACGGGAUCCGGAGGAUUUCCAUGGCAUGUAUAACACGUAUGUGCUCAAGAUGUUAUGGAACGCCAUCUUGUUUAUUCUAGGGUUCAUCUUCGGCCAGCCAGACAUUAGAACGAGACCCACGACCAAGGAGAGCACUGCAGUCCACCGUGGCCCGCAGGUUCAUUAUGGACUCAUCGCCUCGGGUAACCAAGUCAUCAAAGACGCCAGGCUACGCGACGUCCUAGAUAACAGCCUCGGCGGCAACGUCUUAUGCGUCGAGAUGGAGGCGGCGGGUCUUAUGGACAACUUCCCCUGCAUUGUCAUCCGAGGCAUUUGCGACUACGCCGACUCGCAUAAGAACAAGGAUUGGCAAGAGCAUGCGGCAGCCGUGGCCGCAGCGUUUGCAAAGGAGCUUCUCUCAAUGGUGCCAACGCAGGAAGUCGAGCGGAUGCCUGCUAUUGAACUAUUAUCGGGAAUUGAUAAGAAACUCGACACUGUUUCCAACGUCGUUGGAAAGAUUUGUUCUCGGCAGCAUGAUAAAGAGCAUCAAGCUAUUCUCGACUGGCUCACUCCGACUGAUUACGCCCCCCAGCAGAGCGACAAUCUCGGGAGAAGAAAGCCUGGAACUGGGCAAUGGCUUCUCGAUUCAAAAGUGUUCCACAACUGGCUCAACAGCCGGGGCCAGACGCUCUUCUGUCCGGGCAUUCCAGGUGCUGGAAAAACGAUUAUCACAUCAGCCGUCGUCGACAAGCUGCAGUCCCUAUACCAGGAAGAUGACAACGUCGGCGUUGCAUACGUUUAUUGCAACUUUCGGCACCAAGAGGUGCAGACGGCCAUGGACUUUGUUGCAAGCUUGCUAAAGCAGCUGACUCAAGGCCAAGCCGUUUUCCCUGACGUUGUGGAAUCGCUCCACGCAAAAUGCAAGGAGAGGCGGUCACGGCCAUCGUUUGAAGACAUUUCAAGCGCCCUCCAGUCCGUGACCGCACUUUACUCGAGAGUCUUUAUACUUGUCGAUGCUCUUGACGAAUCUCAUGCGACAAACGGCACGCGUGCGAAACUUUUCCACGAGCUCAGUCAACUUAAAGCCAAGUCUGCGACCAACAUCUUUGCGACCUCGAGAUUUAUUCCGGAAAUAAGCAACGAGUUUACCGAAAGCAUUGUUCAGGAGAUCCGGGCUACGGAAGAAGAUGUACGCAUAUAUCUUCAGGACGACCUGGUACGGUUGCCGACUUUCGUUCGUAACUCCCCCAGUCUCCAAGAGAGAAUCAAGCGAGAAAUAGUGUCAUCUGUCCAGGGAAUGUUCCUUCUCGCCAAUCUACAUCUCGACUCUCUUACCGACAAGACGUCGGUCAAGGCUGUCCGCUCGGCCCUCGCAGCGCUGCCCAAGGGAUCGGGGGCGUACGACGAGGCGUACGAGGAGGCCAUGAAGCGAGUCGAGACGCAGCCGUCAGGCUAUCGAGCUCUCGCCAAACAGGUUCUAGCAUGGAUCGUCUGUGCAAAGCGGCCGCUGACGACGGUGGAGCUUCGGCACGCUCUCGCCGUGGAACUUGAUCAGACGAGGCUCGACCUAGACGCGUUUCCGGACAUUGAAAUCAUGGUUUCGGUGUGCGCCGGGCUCGUCACCGUCGAUGAACAAAGCAACAUUUUCCGGUUGGUCCACUAUACAACACAACAAUACUUUGAGAAGAUCAGCACGCGUCAAACUUGGCUCCCAAACGCGGAGCGGAACAUUACAGCUACUUGCCUCACAUAUCUCUUGUUCGAUGAGUUCGAGAGCGGGCCUUGCCGGUCGUACGCUGAGUUUGCGAGUCGACUCACGUCACAUGCUCUCUACGACUACGUGGCCCAAAGAUGGGGAGACCAUGCCCGUGAGGCCGGGACUCUGCCCAAGAAGGUCAUGCAAUUCUUGCGGCACCACUCCAAGAUGGGCGCUGCAUGUCAAGCACUAAUCAUCGGCAAUGAAGGCUUGUGGCGACUGAGGGAUCUUGACGAAGUUUAUGGACUGCCCCCCUUGCAGUUGUCAGCUUUUUUCGGAAUCAACGAAGCCGCAGACACUCUUGUUGAUUCCGGGGAGGGAAUUGACUCGACCGACACGUGCGGUCGGACGCCGCUCUUCUAUGCCGCAGCCGGAGGACACGCCCGCACAGUCGAACUGUUGGUGGAAAGAGGUGCGCGCGUCAACUUGGAGGAUCAGCGUGGCAUGACGCCUCUUUCCGAGGCGGCACUCAACGGCCACGUAAGCAUUGCCAAGCUACUUGUCAGGAAUGGCGCCGAUCUCGAGCUCCAGGAUCCCCUCGCCCAUCGAACCCCGCUGGCCAUGGCAGCUGAGAAUGGGUGGACGGCCAUUGUCGACAUCUUGCUCACGCACUAUGCGGGCCUUGUCAUGGCCGCCAGGGAUCAAGCUGAGCGUACUGGAGCAGCUCAGACUACAUAUACGAGCAUCAUGUCUCGGAAACAAAAUGGCCACAAUUUACUGACCUCGGCCGCAAAGAAUGGGCAAGACUCGAUGGUUCGUCUGCUGCUGGAACGCGGUGCCGACAUCGAGUCGACCUGUCAAGAGGGCUACACUGCCACCGAGCUCGCUGCUUACCGAGGACACCAAUCAACGGCAGAGCUGCUGCUUGACCACGCCGAGCCGCAGAAGCAUGACCGCAAGAACAUACGGCUCUAUUGCGCCGUUCGGUUCGGCCAAUGCGACGUGGCCAAACGGCUCCUCUCGGAAGGUGGCGUCGACGCACAUUACCGGGACGAGGACGGUCGAACACUGUUAUCUUGGGCCGUAGAGAAUGAUCUCGGACAAGUCGUAAGCUUGCUUCUUGCCAAGAGCAAAAUGACGCUGAAUCUAGGGGAUCGACAUGGCCGAUCGCCGUUUUGGUUUGCUGCCCGGAAUGGUCACAAGGAACUAAAGCUGCUGCUGGCAUCGCAGGGGGGAACUCUGUAA